AUGAUCAAGCAGCUCAUGUCUACAACGGGUAGCGAACUGACACGGAAGCUACUAGAAGCAGACAUAUCUACUGACUGCACGUUCGGCUUGUUGCAGUUUAUGCGAGCCAUCCAGGAUCUAGAGCCCUGGGCCAUGAGACUAAUCGACGCUACGGCCAAGUACCCCACCGGCUUCCUUCAGGGUACCCUGUCCGAUCUGGGUGCCUACGACGAGUGCAUCGAGACCGUGGUGCGAGACGAGUACGGUGGAACAAAAUUGCGCGGCCAGUACUGCGACGUGCACGUGUCAGUAGGCGAUGAUAACAAAUCCUUUGACAACCUUCUACCGGCCCUUCUCUAUACUCAUAGAAAGCUAGUCUCUGGCGCAAGAACAAAGUAUGCCUCUCCCAAGUAG